UGCUUCCUCGCCUACGCGGUUGAGGUGGGACUCACCCGUGCCAAGCCAGGAGACAUCAGCAGCUUUCUCUCCACCGUGCCCGGGCUCCUCAAGGUCUUUGAAGCCUACGUGGCCUGUCUCAUCUUCUCCUUGCUGGAUACCUACAGUUCGAAAGCCGGCCUGCAAUGGUGCGUGGCUGUCUACUCCAUCUGCUUCAUCAUCACCUUCCUCAUCAUCAUCUUCACCAUCGGCCGGUGCCUCGCCUACAUGCCCUUCCCGCUGGAGAAGAUGCUGGUGGGCUACAACGCCCUGGCCCUGGCCAUGUACCUCACUGCCACCGUCCUCUGGCCCCUCUAC